AUGCCUCUAAAGCCGUUGCGCAUUGCUGCGGUCCCAGACGUGGUCCUGGAUAUUGUUGUCGAUAACCCGUUAGUGCGCCUGGAGGCGGCUGUACAGCAGAUGGCACUGACAGAUACCCCCGAGGAAGCGACAGCUCAGGACACCCCUCAGGAGGACACCCCUCAAGAGGACACCCCUCAGGAGGACACCCCUCAAGAGGACACCCCUCAGGAGGACACCCCUCAAGAGGACACCCCUCAAGAGGACACCCCUCAGGAGGAUACCCCUCAAGAGGAUACAACUUUGAAACUCACCACCUCUCCUGUCUCUAACCCCCCCAGACUCAACCCAGUGAAUGGAUUGGUGGAAACGGCUAUGGAAAACUACUCGCAUAUCGACCAUCCUGAUUUCCGACCUAAACCCAUGGUAUCUCAGCCAUCCCCGACUGCCGAUCAAGAAGAGGGCCCCAACGAGUCAACAGACAAUGCAUCAGAUACCGAUAGUGAGUCGACAAAUAUCAGCGCGCAAGCAAACAACGACAAACCAACAAGCACCUCCCAGAGUCACCAGUCUCCUCAGGACCUCACUGCCACUGCCGCUAUCAGGGUCAUUUCGCCCAUCGUCGUCAAGGCCUUUCUCGGUGACCCUAAAGCACAGGUCGAGCUGGGAGAUAUGUACAGGGUUGGAGACGGUGUUGAGCAGGACUUUGAGGAGGCACGCCACUGGUACCUCAAGGCGGCUAAGCAAGGAGACCCGGCAGGACAGUGCAACCUCGGACACCUCUACCGCCUGGAACUUGGGGUGGGUCGGAACCAUUUGACAGCAUUGAGUUGGUACAAGAAAGCGGCAUACCAGGGAGAUGCGGGAGGGCAGUGCUAUGUAGGACUUGUGUAUGAUUACGGCCUUGUUGGCGCAAUGGACCACUCGGCGGCAAUGGACUGGUACCUGAUGGCCGCCGACCAAGGAUAUGCCUUCGCUCAGUGCAGUAUCGGAAACCUAUAUGAAAUGGGUCACGGUGUUCAGCGUGAUUACGACAAUGCGAUGGAGUGGUAUCUCCGAGCAGCCGACCAAGGCCUUCCAGCCGCCCAGGCCAUGAUCUGCCACAUGUACCUGAUUGGCAUCGGGGUUUCACAGGACAGAUCCAUUGGUCUCGACUGGCUUUCCAAGGCCGCCAGCCGCAAGGAUACCGACGUCUGGUCCCAAAUGGCUAUGGGACUGAUGUACAUAAGUGAUCUCUCUGUACCUGAAAGGGAGACCAUAGCUUUUGUUUGGUUUCUCAAGGCCGCUCAUAUGGGGUCACCAGGCGCUCAGAAUAUAAUAGGCAGAAUGUACCGCGACGGCCAAGGUGUCCCGCAAGACUACUCGAGGGCUAUGGUUUGGUUCCUCAAAUCGGCGAACCAUAAUUGUCCAGGUUCCCAGUACGACAUCGGCUCAAUGUAUCUUCAAGGUCAAGGCGUCCCAAAGUUCUACUCAAAGGCCAAGGAGUGGUACACCAAGGCUGCCAAACUCGGGCAUGAAGAUGCUAGGGCCAAACUUUCCGAGGUCCAGCAGCUCAUCGACAAAAAGACAAGGCGGUUGUUUAGUAGAAGCAGUCGUUACUUUUUUAAGACUGAAGUUGUGGCGGAAAGAUAG